ACCUCUUCCACUGGGCUGUCACGGACACAACCAGCACAUCUAUUUUUUCCAGAUGCCAUAUGCAUAGGACAAACAGUAGACUCAUACGGGGCUUUGAACCUGAGAGCCUACCAGCUGACCUGGUUUUAAUUAUAGCUUCCGACCUGGUUUCAGCACCACAGGGACUGAACAGCUCCGCGCAGUGCAUUUGAAACCUGCUUUAGCGCCACUGAAGCUCAGUCACUGCGAUUUUGACAACUAAUCAAGAAAGUCACUGAUAAAGAACAAGGUUAAAAGGAGCUGUCCAGCAGGUCAGCAGCUGCUCGUGGUAUACCCAGUUGGAUUGUAAAGUAUCGGAGAAUCGCACAGCUGCCCUCACAUACCACCGGCAUUUACUGCGGUUUUUUUAAGGAUGUCGUCUAAAAGCAUGGGGUUGUUUUUCUUUGUUCAGGUUUUCGCUGUAAUCCUGUACCAAAUCAACACAUUCCCCACGCCGGAGGGAGCAAAUGAUAAAGCUGUGUACAACAGAGCACUAACCCAGGAGAGACCUUUACAAGAGCAGAUUGCUGAAGCAGACAGUGUCAGUAAAUCAGCGCCCAAAGAUAACCAAAAUGAUUCGGACAGCGAUGAUUUCAGUCUCCUCAGAUCGUUGGCUGAAGAAGUCAAUAAGUACGAGACCAGCGAGCCACAAACCACCACCCCAACUGACGGUCCGUAUUUCCUUGAUGACGCUGACUCCACAAAGAGCCGGAGACUGGCCGAAGACUACGACUCCACCAAAACUGGAAUCGAAUACAAAUUUCAAGAUGACCCUGAUGGUCUUCACCAGCUGGAUGGGACACCGCUGACGGCAGAAGACAUUGUCCAGAAGAUAGCUACAAAAAUAUAUGAGGAGAAUGACAGGGGAGUGUUUGACAGAAUCGUGUCCAAGCUGCUAAAUCUAGGACUGAUCACAGAAAGUCAGGCUUAUACAUUGGAGGAUGAGGUUGCAGAGACUCUACAGAAACUAAUAGCCAAUCAAGCCAAAAACAAUGAAAUACAGGAUGUCAACAUCGACUACCCAAUUGCUAGGCCUGAGGAUGAUUCAGAACUGAAGAUGGUGGAGCAAAUGCUAACUGAGAAAUCCAACGAUAAGAACGCGGAUGAGCGUAUGAUUGAUGAUGACAAGGAGGAGGUUGACGACACUGUGGGCAACACCUGGGUUCCUCCCACAGAGAUGGAGCGGAGGAACGAACUGUCCUCUGAGGACAGCCUGGACGGCCUGGAGGACCUGCAGUACUUUCCCAACUUCUACAACCUCCUGAAAAACCUCAAUUCAGAACAAGAUGCAAAGGAAAAAGAAACGUUGAUCACCAUCAUGAAAACACUGAUCGACUUUGUAAAGAUGAUGGUCAAAUAUGGCACAAUUACACCAGAGGAAGGAGUGUCCUAUUUGGAAAAUCUUGAUGCAAUGAUUGCCCUUCAAACAAAGAAUAAACUUGGAAAGUCGCUGGUUUAUUCUGACAUCAAACAAUCAACAGGUAAGACCAGUGAUGAGAUUGACAACACCAAGGAGGAAGCUGCCAAGAUGGAAAAGGAAUACAAGACUCUAAAGGAUUCCACAAAGAAUGAAGAGCAGCAAGAACCUGAGAUGGGCCCGAAUGGGAAGACCGAAACCUAUUUGGAAGCAAUCAGAAAGAAUAUUGAGUGGCUGAAGAAGCAUAACAAACAAGGGAACAAGGAAGAUUAUGAUCUUUCAAAGCUGAGAGACUUCAUGGACCAGCAGGUGGAUUCUUACAUUGACCAGGGGAUCCUACAGAAAGAUGAAGGAGAAGUUAUCAAGAGGAUUUACAGCAGCAUGUAGAAUCCAGAAGGGAGAGCAAAGACAUCUCCUGUCUUUAAAAAAAAAAAAAAAAAUACAAAAUUUAAAAUAGAAUUUCAGCUCACACUUCAACAUGGUUGGCCCAUGUACACAAAUUAUACAAAGUCAAGCUAAUUUGGGAAGUACUGCAAUAAUUUUAUAGCUGUUUUAGUUUUGUUUAAUUCUCAAAAGCAAUAGAUGCUGAAAUUGUUAGAUUACAUUUUUUCACAGUGCUUCAACAAUAAUGCCAUUGAAUAGCAAAGAAAACCCUAAAACCGCAGCGUUUUGCUCUUUGCAAAUCGCUCAUAGCACACAGUAAAUUGUCACUAUUUGAUAUGAGCCAACAUUGUGAGGCAUUUUGAGAGUUUGAAACAAUGUCCACGGGAGCUGUACCCUGGAAGUGAGCUGCAAAGGCUUUAGUAGAAAAUAGAAGACGGCUUCUAGUUUUGCUCACUUUGAAUACUUUGUAUUCUUUUGCUAAAGAUAACAAAUGUACUGUAACAUGUCAGAGGUUUGUCAAAUAACAACCAUAUUCUGUACUAUUGUGAAAACAUACGGCUUUUAAAUCUAGUAUGUGUUUUGUGUCUCCAGUGUCCUCUCACUCACCUUGUCAUGUGAUUUGUUUCAGCCAGACUUGGUAGUUCAGGGAACAGUCUACUGAGCCUGCAGUUUGUUUCAGUCAAUAGCCUCAUGACUUAGGUCUUGUCCUUUUUCAUUCUGCAUGUAAAAAAAUCAGUUGCAUCCUGAUGUUGUGUGAGUAAAGUGCAAACAAAGUA